GACACUUGAUAAAGAAUUGGAAAUUGUAAUGUCGUUGUUGAGGAGUUUAAUUACGUGAGAAUUAAUCAAAAUAGUCUUUAAUGUACAUCAAUCGAACAUAUGAAACCUGAAAUUACCGAUUUUAUGCAAAUAUUUAUAAAAUAGUGUUUACGCUCCUAUCAUUAGAGGUUAAAUUCGAAUGGUAUACAUGAAAAUAGUGUGCACGGUUGAAACAAUUUUUAUUAAUAAGAGCCGAAGUAGAAAAAAUGGCGCCCGCAAACAUGUAAACAUGUCGUAAGAAACACUGCAAUUUAUUUGUACACAAGAUCCAGGUUUUCAUACAUAAAAUCUAUUUUAAAAUAAAGUGGAACAUUUGAUAAUAACAAUGUCUACAGUGAAAGAGUGUAAUGCGUUAUCUGAGGAUCAAGAGCACUCCCAAAAACCGAAAUGCGAAGAUUCAAAUGAUAGUGGUAGUGCUAAAAUAAUUUCGAAUGAACUUCUGCUGGUGGGAAUGUAUAGCGGAGUUGAAAAAAUCGAUGAGUUGACAUCUUUAGAGCGCGAAAUUGCCGAAUUACACCAUGUGGAACCUUCUACAAAUGUCGAAUAUCAUGUGAGUGAUAAUUUUAACAACGGUAAUGGCGUUAUCAAUAAGCAGAUGCUAAGUAGUGGCAAAACGUCUGGGAUGAAAUCGAAACACACAAGUUUGAAAAUUUUGGAUAGUAUCAAUCGCGAAGAAUGUGUUACUUUCCUGCAUUGCGAUUCAGUAGAUGAAGAUAAUAUAAUACCACAAGAAAUUGGGUCAACAGCUCUGGAACAUGAGGAUUUGAUUGCUGUCCUAAAGGGCAUAGACGAUCACAAUAAUGUUACAAAUGUGAAAGAAGUAACAAAUGCUAACCAUGAAGAACAAUGUAUGCGGCCUCCAUCUAUUACGGAAAGUGAAUUAGUUGAGGGAGUGACCAUUGAAGGUGAAGGGCAAUUUCAAAUUAUGGAAGUAGUGUAUGAUGAAGUAGAUGAGAAUGACUCUAAACCAAAAGAAGCACAAGAUGAUCCAAGCAUCCAAGCGGCGACCUCAAAUCCGAUGCCGAGUUCGGGCCCUAAUGCAAUUUCGCACUUAACAAAUGAAGAAAUACGUGCGAUGGCUAUGGAGCAAAUAGCUGGCUUGAAUGUUCUGGGCCGUCAACGAAGACGUAAGCAGGAUAUCAAACCUUUGCAAGCGGAAGAUAGUUCUGAUUUAGUGGCAUCAAUUGGUGCAGACUGGAGUGACGAUGAUGCUGAGUUUGAAUUAAAAGCAACAUCCAGUGUAAGCAAUUCCCAAAAAUCUAAUUUUAAUAUUGAGCUGAAAAAUAAGAAGCGUGAUUUUGAAACUGAAGUAUUGGAGAGAAAAGAGUUAGUGAAUAAUAAUACAAAUGAUUCAAUACAAAAAGCAACCGGCGUAGUCAAACUGGACGAAGUGUGCUCAGACAACUCCCAUGGUGAAAGUACUAUUAUUCCUGGUGAAUCUGUAAAAAACGAUGCUAUUAGUAUAAAACCAAUAGUCGGAUUUAAGCGGACCCGCAUAAUAAAACGAAAAAUUAUAUGGGAUCCCGAUGCUCCAGAAACCCAAAUUUCGUAUGCGCAAUUAGCACGCAAUAAUUCUAAAUUAAAUUUGGAUGCAGAUAACAAGACUUCUAAGGUAUCUUCGGGAUCAACGCUGAAAGGAGUACGCUCUGAUGUUACUAAAAAUCAACAGAGUGAAUUAAAAGGGAAGAAAUCACCUAUUAGUGCAUCUAAUGCUCACCGCCAAAGCGAAUCAGAAAGUAAACAACAGUUACGGGGAUCAGAGUUUAAAAUAGGUUCAAGUUCUGUGGUAUCUAAGACAAAGGAAACUGUGUCUAUCUCGCCCACUGAUAUCCAGUCAAAACGGUCUAAAAUUGUAGACGAGGAAAAUAUGAUGAAGUGUCAGCCGGCAAUAAAACGGCGAUCUCUGACCCCUGUUAUAAAUGGAACUGGGGGUAAUACAGGUUCCAAGAAAAAAAGAGGUAGUGAAAUCGAUCGUUUAGUAAGUGAUGAGGGUGCUGCUAAUAUGCUGCAUUCCUUGGAGAAUGAGAGAAGUAAACUAAUUGCAGAGCAAGGAGCCGACAAACCCCAUAAACCAUUAAUGCGCAGCCGCGCUGCCACAAUUUCCGAAAGGAUAUCGAAAAGAGAAACUACACCAACAUCUGGGAAAGUAUUGGCUGUCGCAGCGAGUACUGGGGGCGCGAGAAAUAAGCGCAAUUCUAAACAAAAACCUUCUUCAACUUGGGACUAUGUUUAUAAACAACAAGCCAGCGAGGAAGCAAUGAUCAUUAGACGGCGCUCCAACAGCUCUUAUUCAAGCAAUGCGUCCAUACGGCGCACCAGCUUAGAUGCUCCAGCAACAAAAACUUCAAACGCAACUAAAACUACAACAUUUGCCAAAAGUGUGCAACAUAAUGCAUCUUCGGGUGCAGCAGUAAGUGCAACUCCAAGCAGUUCGGGAACAAAAACAACUCAAAAAAGUUUAUUAAAAACUUCAAAUGAAAAUAGUGCAUCUGUUAAAGGUUCUGCUGUUAACAUAAUUGGAAAAAACCCAACGUGUGCCGUUAGCUCGUUUCAGUUUGCUAAACCGGAAUUAAAAGCUAACCAAAAAAGCAACCGGCGGACAAAGGGCAAUAGUCAUGUUGAGAGCUUUCCAACAAAUGACACUAAAAAGCAAACUCUGGCAUCUGGGGUUCGAAGAGGUGAACGUAGCCCUACCACCAUCGAUGAAAAAGACAAAAACAAGAACACUGGAGUAAGCAACAAAAUUUCAGCAAAGCAACCAAAAGAGGAGUCUCCAGUUGGUUCCAUAAUUUCUGAUGUUGUUGUAAAAAAAGUAACAAAAGUUGCUCAAAUAGUUUUCAAUACACAGAAAGCGAAAAUAAAUUAUACGUUCACAGCGCAGAUGUUAAAUAAAUUAGUCGACAUACUGGAAAAGCUAAGUAAGGAUGCUGAAUGCAAUGCUGUGGUGAUCACAACAGAUGCGCCCAAUUUUUGUUACGGCGUUGACUUUACGGACUUAACUCUUGGCCCCAUGGAGAAACGCAAACAAACAGCAGUACAUUUAGCAUUGGCGGUUAAGAACUAUUUGAAAAUGUUGGCUACAUUUCCGAAGCCAUUGAUUGCUGGUGUUAAUGGCAGCAAUAUUGGAUUGGGUGUAAUGCAAUUACCAUUGUUUGACAUAGUCAUUGGAAGCGAUAAAGGUUCAUAUGAAACUCCGUAUGUAAAAAUUGGUCAAGUUCCCGAAGGGUACUGUAUUUGGAAUAAGAUAACAAAAAUCCGUGAUAAUUACAAAACUAAACUUUUUUGGCUCGGAGAAAAAUUACAUUCAACUGAAUCAGCAUUAUCUGGAUUAGUACACAAACUGACCGCGUCCGCCAAAGUAAACGAUGAUGCAUUAUUGGCUGCUAAAAAAAUAGCAAUGAUGUCAACAGAGUCAUAUCGAUGUAUGAAGAAAACUGUUAUUGACAAUCAUUUCGAAAUAAUCAAUAAUGCUUUGGACGAAGAAUUCGAGACCAUAGUCGAACAGUGGAUAUCGGCAGAAUGUUACGAAAAUUUCAAAAAGUAUUUGGAGAUUGGUCAUUUUUAAGCGAGUUUUUAAUGUUUUUUAUAGCGCAAUAAUUUCCCUAUUAUUUUGAAUUAUAAAAUUUAAUACAAGCAUUUUAUAUAACAAUUUGGCCUAUAAUUUAAAAUUAAAGUGUAAUUAUUAGGAGUCUUUUAUUUUUUAGUUGUACAUAAAGGUAUGUACAUAGGGCACAGAAAAAUGAAACAAAAUAUAGGUAUUAAUUCUUGAAAUUGUUAAGAGCGUUUAGUGCAUAACGUGGUAAAAUCGCUAUUGAAUCUGGAAUCAUAUAAGUUUUAAUUUGAGUAUUCAUUAAGAGUAGUACUAUUGCAGGUAUACAUAUGCAUGUAUAUGCACUUCUACCUAUACACGUAAACUUAUAAUUGUAAACUGUAUUUGAUCAUUUAAAUUUUUGAAUAAAUACAACAUCCAAAUCGAUUCUUAUUGUAUAUGUGAUCGACUUUGGUAACAUCUUAU